UGCAAUCCUCCGGUUAACGUGCGGACGGACGCAUAGUUAGUUUGUUAGUUUCCUAAACCGGGGGCUCCGCUUAAAGGUCACUCCCCCAUCACCAAACAUGUCGUGAGACUUCCUAAACAUGUCGUCGGACCCUCGUGUUGUAACUCCGUGCAGUUACUUUCUUUUUAAAGUGCGCCCCGUGAUCGUAAACGUUGUUUAACGAGGGGAAUCCAGCCCACGUAUUUAUUGCAGCCGCUGAAAAAAAUCUCCUCAAUAUCCCCCAAGAUGGCCGCCGAUGUAGGAUCGAUGUUUCAAUAUUGGAAGAAAUUUGAUCUACGGCGGCUCCAGAGGGAGCUUAACUCUGUGGCGUCGGAGCUGGCAGGUCGACAGGAAGAGAGCGAACAUUCCCAUAAGCACCUGGUGGAACUAAGCAGGGAGUUCAAGAGAAAUGUCCCUGAGGAGGUCCGGGAGAUGGUGGCCCCUGUCCUCAAAAGCUUUCAGGCUCAGGUUGUUGCUCUGAACAAGCGGAGCAAGGAGGCAGAGUCGGCAUUCCUGGGAAUCUACAAACAGCUCAUCGAAGCGCCAGACCCAGCCCCUGUGCUGGAGGCCACUCAGACCCUGGAGGACCGGCUGCAGCAGCUACAGAGCGGGGGCCCCGCCAGCGAGGCCCUGGUGCGGGUGACCGGCGGGCCCUGGAAGAACCACCUGGAGUGCCUUGACAGGACAGCAGAGCCCGUGGAGGAGGGGGCCGCGGGUUGGAGGCCGGCCCCGUCAAGGGAGCCCCCCGAUUCCAGCCAGAAAGCCUGCCUCAUGACCCCCAACUGCACCCAGCCCCCUGGAGGCCCCGGGUCCCCCCACCACACACGGCAGGAGCCCUCCGAUAGGGACGAGGAGGAGACCGGACAGGUGCGCCCGACAGACAGGUUAUCUGAGGCAGAGGAGAGUAUCAAAGUUCUGCACUCAUCUCUGAACAUGGCCCAGACAGAGCUAUUGGACCUGCGGUGUAAAUACAACAAGGAAAUGACUACCAAGGCAGAGGAGAUGAGCACCAUCAUGACCAACCUGGAGCAGGCCAACCAGAGAGCGGAACUGGCACAGAGGGAAGUGGUGAGGCUGAAGGAACAGCUGGCUGAGGCCCAGCACCAGAGAGCCAGCGCGGCCCCGGGGGGCUGCCAGCCAACAGAGGGUGCCAGCGGGCAGCACGAUGAGAAGAGCAAGGCGGCGCCCGCUCAGCUGGCCGCCGCCGUGGUGGCCAAGGACUGCGAGGUCCUGCGUCUGCUGGACAACAUCCAGCAGCUCCAGUUCACCCUGCAGGAGGUCCGCGAGGCGUCGGCCAAUCAGAUCCUGGAGCUGGAGCGCCAGCUGGCCUAUAAAACGAAGGCUAUCGAGAGAUUAGAAGCUCGACUGCAAUCCCAGUUGGACUACGAAGAGAUUAAGACGGAGCUCAGUAUCCUGAAGGUAAUGAAGCUUGCCUCUGCAAAUGGCUCCACAUCCCAGGAUUCUGCCAAGGCUGCAGAGGCUCUAUUGCUGGACAAAGAGGCCUUUCUUCCAGCUCAUAAGUACCUGAUGGAUAAGGGUCGGGUUCUGCACAGCACUGACGACGACCAGUCGGAGGACUCGGGCAGGGAGGCGGGCCGCCGCCCCGGCUCCCGCUCCUCCUCCUGCUUCCAGCCCGACGGCCACGCCUCCCGGAGCCCGGGGCCCCCCACGCAGGACGGCUCCUGCUCCUCCUCGGCCUACGACCUGGCCCGGCCCUUCUCGGCCUCGCCCUGCUCCGCCGACCGCCUGUCGGCCGACCACGUCCUACACCGCCAGCUCCUCUCGCCCUACUUCAAGAAGGAGGGCGGCGGCGGCCUCAUGGCCUUCCCCUCCGCGCUCUACGCCGCCAAGGCCGCGCUCAUGUCCACCACCGGCAGCCAGGGGGGGACCCCCGGGGCGGGGGGGGCAGGGGGCGGGGCCGGGGGCGGGGCCGAGGCCGGGCUGCCCAGCGACCAAUCGGAGAGCGGCGGCUCCACGGCGGGCGACGAGGACCAGCUGGACACGGCGGAGAUCGCCUUCCAGGUGAAGGAGCAGCUGCUGAAGCACAACAUCGGGCAGCGGGUGUUCGGCCACUACGUGCUGGGCCUGUCCCAGGGCUCGGUCAGCGAGAUCCUGGCGCGGCCAAAGCCCUGGAGGAAGCUGACGGUGAAGGGCAAGGAGCCCUUCAUCAAGAUGAAGCAGUUCCUGUCGGACGACCAGAACAUCCUGGCGCUCAGGACCAUCCAGGUCCGCCAGAGAGGGAGUAUCACUCCUCGCAUCCGAACUCCAGAAACUGGGUCAGACGACGCCAUCAAGAACAUCUUGGAGCAGGCCAAGAAGGAGAUCCAGUCCCAGAAGGGAGGCGACAACAAGUCCUCCAUGGGCAGCUCGUCGGGCCGCAGCAGCAACGGCGCCGGCGGCAACUCUGACGACACCAUCAAGACCAUCCUGGAGCAGGCGCGGCGGGAGAUGGAGGCCCAGCAGCAGGCCCUGCUGGAGAUGGAGGUCUGCGGCCGCGAGCCGGCCAACGGCCCCGGCCCCGGCGCCCAGGCGGGGGAGCAGCGGCUGGGGCCCCCGGAGCGGUCAAAGGGCCUGCCGCUCCCCACCUUCAUCAAGCAGGAGGAGGGCGCGGCCACCUCGGUGGCGCUGUGCGUGGCCAAUCAGAUCGGCAGCCCCCAGACGCCGCUCAGCGUGCUGUCCCCCGCCGCCUUCGUCCAGAACAUCAUCCGCAAGGUCAAGUCGGAGAUCGGCGACGCGGGGAGCUACUUCGACCAGCACUGGUCCCUGGAGCGCGGGCCCCUGGGGCUGAUGGGGGUGGGCGGCGCUGGCAGCUCCCACCCCUUCACCUCCGUCUCCCCGUCCCUGUCCUCCUCGUCCUCCUCCGGGCCCCCCACCCUGGCCCGGCCGUGGCCCCGCCUGGAGAACGGCGAGGGCCUGCUGCUCCACAGCGAGGAGGUGUCCGUGGCGGAGGAGGUGUCGGCGGCCGAGGAGGAGCCGGCGCCGGGGCCGACCGUGGAGGUGAAAGUGGAGUCGGACGCCUCAGUGAGCGGGGAGUCCCCGGGCCCCGGGACGGCGGGCCCCAGCCCCGGGCGCCUCUCCUACUACCCGGCGUACAUCCCCCGCGCCCUUAAGCCCACGGUGCCGCCGCUGACCCCGGAGCAGUACGAGAUGUACAUGUACCGCGAGGUGGACACCAUGGAGCUCACCCGGCAGGUGAAGGAGAAGCUGGCCAAGAACGGCAUCUGCCAGAGGAUCUUUGGAGAGAAGGUCCUGGGUCUGUCUCAGGGCAGUGUGAGUGACAUGCUGUCCCGACCCAAGCCGUGGAGCAAGCUCACCCAGAAGGGCAGGGAGCCUUUCAUCCGCAUGCAGCUGUGGCUGCUGGACCAGCUGGGCCAGAGCCUCACCCAGCUGCCCAGCCAGGGCCACGCUCAGGACAAGAGCCCUGCCCUGGCCCAGUCCUCGCCCUCUCCCCCCGUCAGCCCGGCUGAGAGCCACCCCAGCCUGCUGGGGGAGCCCGUCAGCCUGACCCUGGAGAGCAGCAAGGAGAACCAGCAGCCCGACGCCAUGGGGCUGCCGCUGCUGGCCCCGUGCCUCCACCACGCCCAACCCCACCCCGAGGGAGGGAAGGCCGCCCCCGGUCUGACGGCGCUGCACCAGCCCCCCACGCCGCUCGGCAUCCAGGAGCUGGUGGCCAUGUCCUCCGAGCUGGACACCUACGCCAUCACCAAGAAGGUCAAGGAGGUGCUGACCGACAACAACCUGGAGCUCUCUGCUCCCACAGGCCAGAGGCUGUUUGGGGAGAGCAUCCUGGGCCUGACGCAGGGCUCCGUGUCGGACCUCCUCUCCAGGCCCAAGCCCUGGCACAAGCUCAGCCUGAAGGGCCGCGAGCCCUUCGUCCGCAUGCAGCUGUGGCUCAACGACCCCCACAACGUGGACAAGCUGCGGGACAUGAAGAAGAUGGAGAAGAAAGCCUACCUGAAGAGGAGGUACGGGCUCCUGAGCACGGGGUCGGACAGCGACUCCCCCAGCACGCGGUCGGAGUGUGUGAGCCCGGCCCUGGCCUCGCUUGACCUGUGCCCGUACAGCCAGGUGAAGAAGCCCCGGGUGGUGCUGGGGGCGGAGGAGAAGGAGGCCCUGCGGAAGGCCUACCUCCUGGAGCCCUACCCCUCGCAGAACACCAUCGAGAUGCUGGCCUCCCAGCUCAACCUCAAGACCAACACUGUUAUCAACUGGUUCCACAACUACAGGUCCAGGAUGCGCCGGGAGGUGCUGAUGGAGGGCCAGCCGGACAACGACGAGGACACGGAGCACCUCUCCCCCUCCGGCCCGUGCAGCCCCCGCUCCGACUCGGACGACCGAAGGCUCCAGCCCCCAGGACACGCCCUCCACGCCGGACGGCCCCUCAUCAAGCAGGAGGCCUCGGAGAGGGAGGACUACGACCUGCGGCUGUCCAGGGUCCAGUGCUUCUCCAUGGCCGUGCAUUUCCCGCAGCUGAAGAGCGAGCACGAGGACGCGGCGGCCGUGUUCCGCGAGCACCACCACGGGAUGAACAGCCAGGCCCGGGCCCCGUCCGCCACCGACGGGGCCGUGAGGUCCAGCAAGUCCCGGGGCCCCGAGGGGGAAGACCCAGGCAAGUCCCCCGUGGACCCGGUGAGCUUCAAGGCCUCGUCGGAGGCGUGCCGCAGCAGCCUGGAGGUUUUCCUCAACUCGCCGUCGGCCGCGUCCUCGCCGGGCCUCAUGAUGUCGGUGUCGCCCAUCCCGUCGUCCUCCGCCCCCAUAUCGCCCUCACCGCCCGCACCUGACGGCGGCUCCUCCACCAAUCACAGCCUGGAGCCCGGGCAGCACGGCGCGCUGCUGCAAAGCCCCAAGGCCAACCGCAGCUCACAGAGACGCAACGAGAAGAUGGCCAACCUCAACAACAUCAUCCACCGGCUGGAGAGGGCGGCCAAUCGGGAAGAGACGUUAGAGUGGGAAUUCUGAGUGUGACUGAGAUCUGCUGAUGAUCUGCGCUGCGCGCACAUUCUGCCUCCAUUCUGUUCCGUCAGCGGGGAGCUCCACACCAGAGGAACUGUUUGGAGGGGGGGAAAUCCAGAGCUAAACACACAAACAACCUAUUCUCCCCCCCCUCUUUCCCCAACCCAAGAUAACUUUAAAGGGAAAAAAAUAAUUUAUAAAUAUGUUGAGUUUUUUGUGUCUUUUUUGAUAACGCAUAACUACUUUGAGAUAUAUGUGCAGCACAAGCUGUUGUUUUACCUAUUGGACUGACAUGAAGACUUUUGCAGCUAUAGUGUCAUGAAAUGCACACUAAAGUUCUGAAGAUUGCCACUAGGUGAGAUUAAAAAUAGACCCUUGUCUUAAGCCAUCAAAGCACUAUAACUAUUUGAGAAAAGAGACAUUGACCAAAUUUGCUACUUUUUGAAUAGCAAUUUUUCCAGAUUUUUGUCUGAAAGACAGGACGGUUCAAGUCAAGUGACGUGACAUCCUGCUUUCCAACUGAGGGAUAGUCCUCAAAGACUCUAAAUAUUCAACAUCUCGUAUGUACUUAGUUUCUCGGUGACAUGUUUUGAAAAUAUUUGUAUCUCGGACGUAUAUAAAAUGUGGUUGUACACGUUGUAGGGUUGUCUGCAAUAGCCUCCUUCGAACUGAUGUAGCAUGGAAUUCACCCUCUGUAGUUAGACUCAUAUGUUAUACUUGGAGCUAAAACGAGAGAAAAAAAGAAUGAAUACAGCAACAAAAAAAUACGGUUAAAAGUAAAAAAAAGAAAAAAAAAAAAGAGAAAACAUUAAGCUAUCAGUAAAGUAUUUAAGUGUUUUUUGUUUGUUUUUAUUUUAGAAUGAUCCUUGAGGUUUACAGUUUUUCGGGUCCCUUUGUGCUUUUUCGUGACAGGAAGUGACACGUUCACCGCGGGAGCACAGUUUACACGAUUGCUUUCCAGACUUACCUCUCUAAACCCUGUAGAAGGCGCCGGUUGUCCGACUGACGUGGGCCAGAACACACAACACCCUGUUACCUCAGAUUAUGUUGACACACAUCAUGCUACCGCUGUGCUUCGCUUCAUACGCAUACACAUAACCAGAUGUUUAUUUGAAUAAUUGAGAGUGUGUUUGGGGGGGGGGGGGGGGGGGGAGCUGUUUUUGUUUGUGACAUGCCUUGCACAUAAUUCCGCCGCUCUUUGUUUUAUCCACUUGGGUCAUUGUUAUUCAGUCUCUGUGUUUGUGUCGUGGGUCCUCAGUCAAGGGUAUCAUCAUAUCGAACUCCCCAAAAACACAGCGAGGCACUCAGCUGGUGUCUCGCUCUGUUCGGGACCCUCGAAGGUGUUCACUGAAAAUGGCUCCCAUCGCAAUCAAUCAAAAUACUAACAAUCCAAUUGUUUCACCUACAGACUGUAAACAAACAAAAAAGGAACGUUCUGAACUAGCAGCAGGUUCCUGCAUUUUUAGAGGCUCUGUCUUUCAGUACUUUGGGUGAAUGUUGCCUACAAUAAGAUGUUGAGGGUUAAGAUAAGAUAACCCCCCCUCCUCCUACCUGUGUCAAAGCGUUCUCUCAUGCUUGCAAGCUAUUCUUUAUGUAUUUUGCCACUUUUUUAUACUCAGAACAAGUAACAAAAUAUCCAAUACAUCUUGUAUGAACUACUUAUGGCACUUAGGUUUUCAUUAUUGCGGGGAAAAAUUCAAGACAUUUUCAAAAAUAUUGAAAUUAUGCUUACUUAGUGUCCACAAGUCUUGCCUUUACUGUAUCGUUGAAGUUGGUAGUAAACACUUGCACAUGUCUAAAUAGUUCAGAGAACUUUGAUUGUAUUAUCUAGAGAUAUAUAUUACACAAUAACAGAAAAACAAUAUCAUGACGCUCUUGGAACAGUAAAAAAAAAAAACGGAUGCUGAUUAUAUUGAACUAAGAGUAUACAGAGUUAAUGAACCAAACCUGUUUGAGCCAGUUCUGGUCUGGCAAGCUUGCCCACGUUUUAGACCUUCUCUCAGGGUAGUCUUGCAAUUUGAAGCUUUACUCAACAGUUGCCCUCAUCAGCAGUGGAGAGAUAUGGUAAUAACACAAAGUACCCGGUGUAAAGGAUGGUUGUUGUUGUAUUUUAAAAGGACUUGUGGAAGCAAUGACAUCAGUAAAGGGUUAUGCGAAUGACCAGGAAGCUGCUCCAAUGGCAAGAGCUGUAGCAGAUGUGUCAUGAUGUGGGGUUGUACUGAUGACACUGACAAGUUUCUUCUCAACUUUUUGACACGUGUUUCUCUCGCAAAUAUAGGAACCUUUCAUGUAGCCGCAUACGACUUUCUUGCUAUUUUCAUAGCCUCUGUUUAGGUGCAUUAUAUACUGUAUGGUCAGAAAUUACAUUCCCUUUAUGGGGAUCUUAUUGUCUUAAUGGUCACACCGGACACAUGGCAGAAAGUGAACUAUACUUCUUCAGACCAUUACCUCUUUAUAUAAACUUCCUGCUAUUAUUUCCAUUUGCAUGCAAUUUCAUUCUUAUUACAAUACAGGGAAGAAACGGGCUGUGUUUAUAAUUGUUGUUUAGCCACUUAAUCACCACUUAACUGCUUUUCUUUUGGUUGACCUCAGACUAGUCCACACAUAAAGCACAUACACCCAGCUCCCAGAGCGUCACAGCGAGGCCCAGUACCAACGAAGGAGAGUUCUGUAAAUUAGGAUGGAAAGAAGCCCAAUGGAUGUCAUUACUUAAAGUGAAACAUUAAAAAUCAAAAACUCUGUGCCAUAUCACGCCUCAUUGAGUCGUCUCGAGAGGAACUUCCUUCAGUCAAUUGUGAUUUGGGAAUGUGGCUUUUCUAGCCAGGUAGAAAAAAGCAAAGCUUUUAUAUCAAGGGGCCUAAACAAUAGAUUAUUUUGCGUUCUUUUUUGAAUGACAUCAGUCGUUAGACAAUGAUGCGUCAGUAUAAUUUCAGUGACUGCAUGUAGGGUUGUCAGUAUGGAUGCAGAUAGAUAUUUACAACUCUAGUGAGGAUUUGUCAAUAAGUGAAAAUUUACUUUGGAGUUCCAACUGUGAGAUGUAACUUGAGAAACAGGUGUUCUUCAGGCUCAAAUCACUUUACUAUACCAUACGUUACAAGGUAUAUUAUUACAUGUUAAAGAAUCGACAAAAGUAUGCCAAGCGUCUUGAAGUUAAAUUUACAUGUGUAUCAAGCCAUCAUCAAUACAUAAAGAUCCUGUUGAAGA